AUGGGGACCCACUGGCUUAUGAAAUCCGAGCCCGAGCCGCGCGUCGUGCAGGGCGUGGACGUGUCGUUCAGUGCAGAUACCUUUGAAAAAGCCAAGGUCACGUCGUGGGAGGGCGUGCGCAACUACCAGGCGCGUCAGUUUCUGCGCGAUGAAAUGAAGGUAGGGCACGAGGUGCUGUUCUACCACAGCAACACCAAGCUCCCCGGCAUUGCGGCGCUGGCCGAGGUGUGCCGCGACGGGUACCCCGACCCCACCGCGUGGGACAGCAAGCACCCUUACUACGACGCCAAGGCGACCGACAAGGCGAACCCCCGGUGGUUCCGCGUGGACGUGCGCUUUGUGCGCCGCCUCCCCUACUUUGUCCCCCUUGCUCUCCUGCAGCACAUUGCGCAGGGGCUGAGCGCGGAGCAGCGCAAGGACGUUGCGUACCUCUCGGACGAGCACCUGGCAGGCAUUGCCGGCAUGGCGCUGCUCAACCGCUCGCGGCUCAGUGUACAGCCCGUCCAGACGAGCGCCUACGAGGCCGUGUGCCUCCUCGGCGACCACGGCAACUUUUCUACAUGGCCCGGCAAGUGGAACGAGGACGGAGCAAAGCGGCGCCGCGCCGAAGCUAAUACCCCCACCAAACGCGCCAAAAUGAACCAGGAUACCCGCGCGCCAAACGCCGCACCGCCCCCGUCAGACGCCGCUCCGCGGACGCGCCGCGCGCGCCGCUCGCCGUAG